UUUUUCACUUUUCUGAGAAUAUGGCUGCUCAGGAAACUGAAAGUGAGCCGCCUUGACCAGAUGCCUCUUUCCUAUGCUGGGUUUUUGGAUUUAUGGCAGACUUUAAUAUUAUACCCUAAAUAUUACGAUUGUUUAAAAAUAGAAUACUACGCAUUAACAACAAUUUCAUCAUGCCACGCACAAAUGCAGACAUUGGUUUAAUAUUCAAUUAUGAAGGAGAGUUGUUACAUGGGGCUGCAAUUUACGAUCAAGAAUCUUUACUUAAUGAUUUACUUAAUGCUGGUGGAAGUGGUUCAGUGAAUAGUCGAGAUAAUCAAGGACGUACACCCCUCCACACAGCAGCAUCACAUGGAAGUGUAAAAUGUGUUAAAAUAUUACUUCAAAGAGGAGCUGAUCCAAAUGCAAAUUCUGGUAUUGAAGAUGACUGCUCAACUCCUGUUCAUCAUGCUGCUAAGCAGGGUCAUUUAGCUUGUCUUGCUGCACUGCUUGAAUAUGAGGUGAACUUAGACCUGAAAAACAGUAAAGGCAAAAGAGCUUACGAUAUUGCCACAGAAGAAGGUCGUAGUGAAUGCUUCAAAUGUGCUAAUUACAUAAAGAAGGUCAAAGAACAGCGGCAAAAGGAAGCAGAAACUGCAAAAUGUGAAGAGUUGUAUGAUGUUAUUGAUGAUGGGCUGUACGAACGUGCUAAGUCAAUAUUGGAAAGCAUUGCUGAUCCUUAUUCUAUUGUUAACAGAUAUUACCGUGGUCCUAACACAUUAUUGUAUAGGGCUAGCUUUGGUGGACAUAUCGAAAUUGUUAAAUUAUUGAUCGAAUACAAAGCAGAUGGACGCCCCAAUGUAGACAGUGGUAUAACUGCUUUAUAUGCUGCAUCAUUUGCUGGGCAUUUGGAAGUUGUGAUGCUUUUAGCUCAAGUUUUUCCCAAGCAUCUUAUAAUGCCAGUUACAAUCGAUGAGACAUACCCAUUGCAUGCUGCUGUCAUGAAAGGCAGAGUGGAGAUUGUAAAGUUUUUAUUAACAUUAAGAAAAACAGAUAUGACAGCAGAAGUGCACAGGAAAAUUUCGCAUCAAGAGUUCAGUCAAAGAAAACACCCCUCAGCAAGUCGUUCAAGACGAGCUACAACAACAGAUUUAGAAUUCGCUGCGGAAGAAGUUGAGCGAUAUUAUGUGGAUAUCAAUCAGCGCAUGAAGACUGGUUAUACCCCAUUACAUUUAGCUGUUAUGUAUGGCAGUGUAGAGAUCGUCAAGUUGUUAUUAAGAUGCACACCAAUCGUAACAGAAAGAGUUAUGGCUGACUGUCCACCUGGCUGUUUAAUCAUUGAUCGAGUAGCUAACAAAAUGACACCCUUUCAUCAUGCACUGUUGGUAGGAAAGGAAGACAUAGCAGAAUUAUUAUUACGAAGUGGAGCAGAUAUCAAUCAGUUAUUUGAUGAUGGAGAAAUGAGUUGUGCACCAUUGCUUUAUGCUUGCCGACAUUCGUCAGAUGGAAUGGUCAUGAUGCUGCUCCGCAAUGGUGCAGUGGACAAGGGCGACGAAGCACGUAAAGAAGCACUGAAUGCAAAUAAGAAUAAUAUAGUGCAGAUAUUAUUAAAUAAUGGUGUUUUUCCUGAUGAGGAAGGUCAAAUUAUGUGUGCAGCCAGUGAAAGGUCUUAUGACUUAAAGCCAGUAAUAAUACAAUGGUAUAAACGAAAGUUAUCUGUUGUGAAAGAAGAGUGGCUUUUAAAUGCAGGCAUCUCUUGUAACAUGAAAAUGAAAUCCAAACUAUUGAAUGAUCCUUCCCUACGAGUGAAACUAUUUACAUCAAUUAAUUUAUCAAACAAUGAUUUAGAAUCUCUACCAAUCAUACUGUUCCAAAUGCCCUCCCUUAGAACUUUGAAUGUUUCGGACAAUAAACUUAAAUCCUUACCAGGACCAACAUGUUCUGAGGAUGGAAAAGAACUUUCUGACAACGAUCAAAGCUUCACAUUAUCUGGAAAUUGGAACUGCCCUAGUCUGGAAGAAUUGGAUCUGCAACAUAAUAUGAUAGUUGAUGUACCAAAACAUAUUUUUACAAUGCCAUCAUUACGCACCAUAGAUCUCAGCUGGAAUUACAUUAAAAACAUGCCGUUUGAAAUGUGGGUUUCCCCUAGCCUAAAGACACUUUUACUGGAGCACAAUAACAUCCAGUCCUUGCCAGCAUUUUUACAUGGUAACAAAGAACAUUAUAAAACAAAACAUGUAGUAAAAAAAGAAAACCACAAGGCAAAAGCAAAUACUAUGCCAGCCAAAGUUAACAGUCAUGACAAAAUUGAUGGUAAAAAAGUAGACUUCACAACUAUAUCACAAAUUUACAGUAAACGACCAACCUGGGGAGCGGACUCUGAUGAUUCUGAUUAUGACGAAGUGGACUUUGUUAAAAAAUCAGGUUUAAAUAAAUUAGACGUAUCAGAUAAUCAAUUAACCGUUAUACCCGAUGGAUUAUGUUGUCUUGCACCAAACUUGUCAAAAUUGUGUUUAAAAAAGAACAAGAUAACUGAAGUGAACUCUGUUGCUAUGCUUCCAGAGCGUUUAUCUAGCUUAGAUUUAUGUGAAAACGGAUUAAAAGUUUUUGACCUUGGUUCAUCUAAAGAGGAAGAUUUUAGCAUGUGUUAUGCUCUGGUGAGAAGGCAGACACAGCUUCGUAUGUCAUAUCCAGCAUCAAAGCGGAAAUAUUGUCAACAUCGUAAACAUAAACAACUGCCUGAUCUGACACGUUUAGUUUUAAACAACAACCUCUUGGAGAAUGUACCAGUUCUUGCAACGCACGAAGGUAGUGUCACAGUUCUGUUUCCUGGACUAAAAACCCUUGAUGUUACUCGCAAUAAACUUUUAAAGGUUCCACAAGGCAUCGGGAAGUUGACUAAACUUUGUUCGUUGUAUAUUGGAUAUAAUUCAAACUUAGAUUCAUUACCAUCGGAGUUAGGUUUAUGUUCAGAAUUGUAUGAACUGAAAAUGGAAAGUUUACACUUAAAAGAUCCUCCUAAGAAUGUGUUGGAAAAACAAACUACUGAUGGGAGGAGAGACAUAAGAGGUUUAACUGGUUAUCUUAAGUCAUUGCACGAUAAAGCUCAAAGUUACCCCAACAUCAAAUUAAUGGUUGUUGGUAUUCAUGGAAUCGGGAAAUCUACGCUUCUUGAUGCGUUGCGCAAGGAUGGAACUGGGACAUACCAGCAAAGCGAGUUCAGAGGCCAUUUUAGUGAACGUCAAACUGAAAAAGUGUCUGGUAAUAAGCCACAAGGAAAUCGUAGCACAGUUGGUGUCGACGUGUGUGACUGGUCUUAUUCCAAACGUCAGAGAGGCAGCCCAAUAAUUAAGUUUAGUACUUGGGAUUUUGCUGGCCAAACAGAGUACUAUGCAACUCAUCAGUGUUUUCUCUCCCGCCGAGCAUUAUACUUAGUGCUUUGGAAAUUAACAGAUGGUAUUAAAGGUAUUAAACAACUUGAAUCAUGGCUUCUAAAUAUUCAGGCUCGUGCACCAAAUUCCACUGUAAUUAUUAUUGGUACAUUCCUAGACGAUGUGGAACGCAAUAGAAGGGGUUAUGUAGAAGAAAUGCAAAAUGAAAUCAAAAAGCGCUUCAUGUCAACAAAAUAUGGAGGUGCAAUUGUAGAUCUUAUUGAAAAGGGUUUACCAAAUGUUGUUGAUGUAAUUGAAGUCAGUUGUAAAAAUGGCACCAACAUUCCAAAACUGCGCGAUUUAAUCUACGACACAGUAAUGAAUUUAAAAGCAGAUAGCAAACAUGGGAGUAUGUCACUACUACAAAAGCCAAUCCCAGCAUCUUAUAUAGCAGUGGAGAAAGCCAUAACAGCAAUUUCAGAGAAUUUAAAAAACGACAUGCCGGUAUUGGAGGACAGCGAAUUUCGUAAACAAGUGUUUAAUCAGCUUCAAGCACAAGGUGCUAAAUUGCGAAAUGGAGACGAAGAACUUGAUCAAGCCGUACAGUUUUUACAUGAUUUUGGUACUUUGCUGCAUUAUGACGAUCCAUCGCUUUGUAACUUGUAUUUUGUCGAUCCUCAGUGGUUGUGCGAUUUGUUGGCACAUGUUGUUACAGUGAGAAGUGUGAAUCCAUGUAUCAAAAAUGGUGUACUGAAGAUUUCAGAUUUGCAAAGUCAGAUCUUCAAAGGGCAAAAAAGAUUUCCAUCUUCGCUCGUGAUGAAGUACAUUGAAUUAAUGAGCAAAUUUGAAGUUGCCAUCAAGAUAUCAGACAAAUUCCUGUUGAUUCCUUCAUUAUUACCAGACAAGCAGAAAGAAUGCCCAGUAGUGGCCGAUCACGAAUCUCCAGAAUUGAGAAGGGCGAUGAACAUCCAUGCUUAUUUGCAUAAUCGUGUGCAUCGCCGACAGUACCUUAUGUCUUAUAUACCUAGUGGAUUUUGGGCUCGUUUAUUAACUAGGCUGAUAGCAGACGAUAGAAUUUGUAAGAUCGUAUCAUCCUGUUACGCAAUUCAGGGAUCAGGACAUGCAGAAAGUGAGCAAGCACGUGUUGAUGCAGAAACUCUUAUGAGAGCAGCUCCGCCAGAGUGGGCUUGUUGGAAAACAGGAAUCGAAUUAUCAUGCUUUGGGGCGAAAUUACUUCGCGUUUGUCAAUUGGAACAGGGAAAGCCAUUUUAUGGUUAUAAAGGCCCUAAGAAAGGUGUUUUCGUCAAAAAUCAAACAAAAGACUCUCAAAAAACAGCUGUUGAGAUUCUAGCUCCAAGUUUAACACUUUCAAUCGAAAAGUUUAUACAGUAUCGCCCGCCAGCUAAAGACGGUGAAGAAGGCGAGAACUUGGUUGGAUUUCGAGUUGUAGGUGUGUGCGAAUAUUCUUCACAAGCUGCCACGCAACUAUUAAACAUUACUGUGGAGCACAUUGAUAAUCUCUUUUCUGAAUGGUACCCAAAAAUCGACCAGUACACAGAUAUCCACGGGCACAAAGGAAUCUGCAGGGUCUCGUUUUGCGAUAAAUGUUUGCGCAGUGUGAUCGAGAAAGACAAUGCAAAAACGAACAACAAUGAUAGCAAGCAGAAGGGCGACUUAGAAGAGGGUUUGCGUGGUCAUGUCGUGUUGGAGACCGAGGGAGAAAGAAACGUGUACACGCCAGACGAAACAGCUCAUCGUAGCAUAAACGAAAGUAUUGAUCAGUCGUUUGACGAUGGCGCCGCGAAAGACAGUAACGACAAUGAGGCUGAUGAUGAUGUUUUCGAGAAUAUUUCCGAAGAGGAGUAUUUUCACGAGGAACAGUAUCAACUGUUAGAAGAGUUACGCAUCCAAGCUAAAGGAUGCAUUGUAGCGUUUGAGUUAGAGGAAGGUUCAAAGUUGCUGCGAGAGAACAAACCUUUGUUGUGUCCUUUUCAUUUUAAAGUUCAAUUUGAAGAUAUUUUCCCAGAUCUGUGCUAUCUGGAUUUGGAUGUGAAUCUGCUUGUUACACCUGAUCGUAUAAGGAUUGGAAAGUUUCUAGCUGCUGGUGCUUAUGGUGACGUGUUCAAGUCGGAAAUUUUAGUUGAAGAGGACUGGAUACCGGCAGCUAUGAAGAUUCCUUUCAAUUCUGAAAAAGCAAAGAAUAAACAAGCAAUGGCUACGAUGUUUUCUUAUGAUACAUAUAAGAAUGUCCGCCAAGAGCUCGCCAUCUUGGUUCCAGUGAAUCAUUCAAAUAUUAUCAGCUUCCUGGGCGUGUCAACGUCACCAUUUGCCAUGUUGCUUGAACUUGCGCCAGGAGGGGCGUUAGAUCGGUGUUACAUAGAGUAUCGAAAUGUUGGAAAAAAGUUGAAUGUUUACGUCAUCCAGAAGAGCCUGCAACAGAUCAGCGAAGCUUUAAAAUACCUACAUCGUCAUCACAUUAUAUACCGUGACUUAAAAUGCGAGAACGUGUUGGUUUGGUCUUUUCCUCCGCCGGCCGUCACUGAACCGGAGCAUUAUAAAGUUUGGCUGAAACUGACCGACUAUGGGAUCAGUCGAUCCGUGUCGUUAGGCGGUAUCAAAGGUUACCAAGGUACACCUGGUUUUAUGGCGCCUGAAAUUAUCAGGUACACUGGCAAAGAAAGUUACACCGUGAAGGUUGACUGCUUCUCGUUUGGUUCGCUAAUAUUUGAGUUAAUCGCUCUGAAACAGCCCUAUAGUGAUGUGGCGAACAACAAAGCGAGUUUAGCGCUUCAAUACAUGCUGGAUGGUAAAAGACCUCGGUUAACAUACAAGGAAAGGCGUUUUCCUGUUUUGAUGAUCUCGCUGUUGUACCGUUGCUGGGCACAAAACCCCGACGAUCGACCUUCCAUGGCGGAAAUCAACGGUUUGACGUCACUGCAGGAAUUUCCGAAGUUAUUAGAUAUCUUAGGUUUAGGAGAAGAGUUUAACCUGCAAUGCGUGGCUACUACCAACCAAGGUCAAUGCAAGCAAAACGUGGUUGACAGUCGCGUAAUGAUCGGUUCGCAUUUGUGGUUUUGCGGUUAUAGUGGUUUCGGCGAUUCUAUUUCUGCUCGCAAAGAAGGAGUGAUAACCGUGUUUUCUUACCAUGAUAGCAGAUACUCACACGUCACUAACAUCAAGCUAACCGACCGCGUGCUUAUGGUAUGUUCUGUAGGAAGCACAAUCUGGCUUGGUACAGAGUCUGGAAACAUUCUUGUAUUUUGUUCGCUCACUUACAAGCCUUUAGCUCUUGGACGUUUGUUGUGCCAUCGACACAUUCUAAGCAUGCUUCACUCUCCAGUAUGUCACUGCGUUCUGAUAACCCGUUCUGAUGGAUGUGUGUACUCGUACCAGGACAGCGUAAGCUCUUAUACUAAACUUGUCCCACAAAACGAGGUGCUCAACUUCUUUCAAACAGCCACUCAGGGCCAAGUUAUACGUGAGUUAUUUCCAAGUAAAGAGUAUACUGGCACUACGAAAAUACACUGCUUUGCUGCUGUCGCUAGUCACGCCACAAGACGCUACAGUCAAGAAGUGAUGACAUAUAAAGAUGCCGGCGGUGCGAUCGCGGUUGCCACCCGCGAAACAGACGAAGAAGAAGAGGACUCCUAUGUUCCCUCUCAAUCUACGGAAGUAACUUAUGAGCUGUGGUGUGGCCAGGAAAAGGGUUGCAUCACAAUAUUGGAUUUAAAUUCGUUGAAGAAAAUGAAGAUGCUGCCAAUAAAAGGUAGUGAUCUAACUAACCCAGCGCUGAAAGAUCUUAACGUGAACUUUAUGGAGACUGUGCGUACUUUUGAGUCUUUCUCACAAGAUAAAAGAACAGAGUUCGUUGAAAGCAUGUCGCAUUAUAUAUGGAUCGUCGUAUAUCCUGGCACACAAGUUUUAAGAUGGAAUAUCGAUAGAAGAGUUAUCGAAGAUGUUUUCGAUGCGAGCAAUCAUUCUCCCUGGAGAGAUUUAAACUCAGCUAAAUUAUCCAAGAAAACAAAGUCUCUAAAGGCAUACGAUGCACAAAUCUCGUCUUUGGUCGUGGUUGAACACAACAUGUAUAUCGGUACUUCUUUCGGCUGUUUAUUAAUCUGCGACGCUAUUACAAUGGUCCCGCGAUUAUCAUUACGUUGUUACGAGGAACUUAUCGAUACCAUUAUACCGCUUCGAAUGAUUACCAAUCGAAAUCGCGACGAAAACGACAAAAAGUUAGUUUUGAGUUGCGGUCGGAAAUGUUUGGACUUUUGGAUACGUAAUGUGGAUCGCAAGAAACGCAUUGUCAGUAAGGAAAUGACCAUUCUGACGUGGUCAAAUUCUCCCCGGUGAAAUUUCAUUGAUGUUAUGUGUAAUUUAGUAUUGUGCGUUAAACCUGUAAAAAUAUUUUUGUAAAGAAACUAGGUUAUAUACUUACUAUGCAGGUGUACUCCGUUUUUUUUGAAAUUUAAAGUGACUUGCCAAAGUUCUGGUUUUCAUAAAAGCACAAGUGGUUCUUAGCAGGAAUAAGAUGUGAACGAAAACACUGAUUAAACAUUUUUCAACUACAUUUGUAUUUUAAUUGUUUACAAUAAGGACACAAUUUUCGUGUUAUUGAACUUAAAAGUGUGAAACAUUUUCAAGACAUUUCUCAUUUAAAGAAAAGCGCAAGAUUAUAUUGCAUCCUAAGCUUUUCAUUGGUCCUCUUUAAAUAGUAAAAAACAUCGGAAGUAUAAGUCUGGCGGGACUGAAGGUUCUUUUUUUUGAAGUUAGGUAAAGGGGUCCUGAAAAAGCUUUUAAAAAUUUAAUAAUCGAGGCACAACAGUAUAGUUAAAAAUUAAUUUUAAAAAACUCAAAAUGAAAACCGUCAUUUUGAAUAUCUCCCACAAGGUAUAAAUAAAUCGGGAGAAUCAAAAACAAAUCUCUUUCUGUUAUUGUCAGAAUUCAGAUUAUUUUUUAUUAAAUUUUAUUACUUUGUAUAAUAAUUUUCGUGGUAUUUUUUUAAUUUUGUACUAAAGUUUUUAAUUUUAUUUUCGUAAAUAUGUUAAAUAUGGGAAAUUGGAACGUCUAUAUUUUUUGUUGGAUGUUUUACUAUUUAGGUGAUUUCAAAAAAAAAAAUUAUUAUUUGUAAAGACAAUUUUAUUAAGUUGUGGUUUAAACACAUACCUUGCUAAAACAGAUAGGGUAUAUCACCCCCUUAAUUCCCCCGCAACCUUUUAAUUUUUCGAGAUGUUACUCACCUUCAGACUGAAAUCAAAGCUUUGUUUCACUUUGUUUUCUUGUCGCAUUUCUUGUUGUUUUUUUUUUUAACAGAGACGCUGUGCCCGUUUUUAAAAAAUUAUGUCACAAAAAAAUAUUUCAGACACAUCAUUGUCACGCACAUAAAAAGCGUUCAAGACUAUGGUUAUAUGUGAUAGAGAUAUCAACAAUUAAAAUAGAUUUAUUGUAAAGACCAGAAGAUAUGUAAAAAAUAUUCGUUACAUGAA